AUGGCUCCUAAAGAUGCGAAGAAGGCUGAUGCGAAGACCCAAGCUCAGAAAGCUGCCAAGGCCUUGAAAUCGGGUGCUGCAACUUUCAAGAAGUCCAAGAAGAUACGAACUAAGGUCACAUUUCAUCGCCCCAGGACAUUGAAGAAGGAAAGGAACCCCAAGUACCCUCGCAUUAGUGCAACUCCAAGGAACAAGCUUGAUCAUUAUCAGAUCCUAAAGUAUCCUCUCACAACGGAGUCAGCGAUGAAGAAGAUUGAGGACAACAACACUUUAGUUUUCAUUGUUGACAUUCGUGCUGAUAAGAAGAAGAUCAAGGAUGCAGUGAAGAAGAUGUAUGAUAUUCAGACCAAGAAAGUGAAUACCUUGAUCAGGCCAGAUGGGACAAAGAAAGCUUACGUUAGGUUGACACCAGAUUAUGAUGCUUUAGAUGUGGCAAACAAGAUCGGCAUAAUCUAA